AUGGACUCCCUUGAAUCGGCAACGGAUUUGCAACGGCAAAGGGAGGCUGCCGCUUGGACGGAGAAGUUGAACGGCAAGCGCUCCACGGCGCGCCGCCGCUUCUCCGCCACGAAGGCACGGCUCAUUCAGUUGGAUGGAGUGCAGGAGCAGCAGCGCAGCUCCUCAAAGAAGGAGCCCCUCCGGAGUUUUUCGCGAUCCAAGUCGCGCUCAUCGCUGCCCUCAAAGUCCCAGAAUGUCGCGGCUGUUCUGCAGCAGAAGCAGCGCGCAUUGGAUGCGCAGAAGGAGAUUGCGCGGAUGAAACUCCUCUCACUGCACCAUAGCGCUGCCAGACGUCGCGCUCUUCAGGCCCGAAGCCCAAUGAGCGACAGCGACGACGGCGAGAGCACACCGCAGGAGCAACGUCAGUCCAUCAUGGGCCUUGCGGCUGCUGACUCUGCGGAUGUGGCAACCGUUCGCAGCAGCUUUCGAGGAGGCGACCGGAUCAGCUCCCGACCUUCGAUUCCAAGUACUGCGCCGGUGCUGGAUGACGAACUCGAAGAUGAGGAGCUGCGGAAGGAGUUCGAGAGUGGCCAGCCUUUCCCUCAUGUCGUUCUGCGCCCCUUUCUGGGAGAGGCCGGGUUAAGGGCGGUGCGAGAAGAGCUGGAGAAGGUCGACGCGACCGAGAAGGAGACGGACCUUUUCCGCUUCUUCCAAACCGAGGACUUCGCCGCACGUCUCUCUCAGGCCGCCACAGAGGAGUCGUCUCCAAAGAAGCGUCGUAUCGAAAGAAAGACUUCUGCUUUGCAGUCGAUCGCGCGGCUUUUCGGGUCCCAGGACUACCGCAGCCUCAUUCAGGAGAUCACGGGUUGCGGUGAGCUCUCCGAAAGGGUGGACUUGGCUACACAGGUCUACACCAAGGGCUCUCAUCUUCUUUGCCAUGACGAUGUCAUUGGGACUCGAAAGGUCUCCUUCAUCUACUACAUGACGGACCCGGAAGAGGACUGGUCAAAAGAGGAGGGUGGCGCGCUGGAGCUUUUCCCCUCGAAUCCUGCGCAGAAAGGGACCCCAGCAAGCAUUCCUUCCAAGGAGCUUUUGCCGAUGUCUGACUCAUUGGCCAUCUUUCUCGUCGAGCCCGGCGUCUCCUUCCAUGCAGUCCGCGAGGUCCGAGGAGACCGCGCGCGCGUCUCUCUCCAAGGGUGGCUCCACGCCCCGAGCUUGGAGCAGACCCGAAACUUCGGGCAACGCGACCUCGCGACCUUGCAGCAAAUCUUGGACACUCGAGCUGGAGCCGGAAAGGUUGGGCCACAAGAAGUGGAGGAGCCUUUGCCGGAUUUGGGAGAGCUAACGGAAGAGGACUGGAAGCUACUAUCGAAGUGGCUGGCACCGAGCUACUGUGAUCCCAAGCAGUUGCAGGCUGUACCUUUGGCUCCAUUCGCUUCGUCACUUCUUGCGGCCGUCAAAACCUACUUGCCAUCAAUGUUGUAG